UUCCUAAUGUCCUGUGUGGAGUUUCCGCUUCAAUGGUUACCUGUAUUUUUACCUGUUCAGGUGUCAAUACCCGUGGGAUAAAAUCUUCUCUCCGCACCCGGAAGUACAGAAGUUAUGACUAAGAAAAUGUAGACAGGUUUCCAUACAUGGAAAUGAUUAGAAUAUACCUGUAUACAUUUAUAAGUGAAACAUACCACUUAAACAAUAUCUGGACCUAAAUCUAGGAACACCUUGUCCUCUUAAGGAUGUUUAGGAAAAACACCGGUGCAACCUGUUAACUUAGUUGUGAAGAAGCGACACAAAUUGAAGCAAGGCAACGGAGACCAUGGAAUAUAUAAUUGGGUUAAUCAUUCUUGGAGUCUUUGUUCUUUUCCUCAUUAUUGCCAUUAUAUUGCUGACAUUAUAUUUUCUUCGGAGACUUAAACUUCAGAACGACAAAUUAUCAAACAUUGAAAAGAUUUUAUGUGAAAAAGACACACCAUUGCGAAGUUUACCAACAAAAUUGGAGAGACCUCAGACGGACAGUGCCGUUGACGUCAGCGAACUAGAAAGCACCACCGGUUCUCUGGACAUGCGUGAAAAUGGUGUUUUCAGGAACAUGGCGUCGACCCGUAACAGAAAUAAUGUGAUCAGCAUUAUUACACGGACUAGCAUCCACACUUUGACCACUACGCCAAACAGGGGGCCUAUUCUUCCGUCACAAGUCGUGGAUUUAACGCAGGUUACCGAAAACAACCCCAAAAACGAACAGACUACACCUGAUGACAUCAAACUAAGUACCAAUUUUGCAGACGAGUUCAUGAAUGUAUAUGAGAAAUAUUUCAAGAAAAAUGUUCAAGAUCGCCCGACGUCCGUCCUCGUGAAAGCUGAGGCUGGUCGCGAAGAAAUAAAACAUGAAUCAGGGAUGUUCGUGCACAAAGAAAUGGACAUGAAAGGAGGUGAAAUGAAAAUCUCAGGAGUGACGCUCAAAAUACCGAAAGAUGCUUUAGAGAAGAAAACGGCCAUUACCCUAGGAAUAACUUGGGAAAAGAAUCUUUUCCCAGAUUUAAAAAGAGAACAAGCUCUAUUAAGCCCUUUAGUUGUAUGUCAACCGUCAAUGUCUUUCAAGAAACCGGUAGAACUUACAUUUCCUCACUGUGCCGAUAAAAUAGAAACCAACUGGAAGUGGAAAAUAAUAAAGCGAACUGGUGAUAUUACGCAACAAGGUUCUUGGAGUGACGUCACUCUUGAAGAUUACGAGGAACGGCGCGUCACGAAGUCUUCGGUAACUAUACAUCUCCGCCACUUCACCUUGUUUACCCUCAUUGGAACUUCCCAAGAGAACCGCAUAGCUGCCAAAUCUGUUCAGAUAGUGGCCUUUUCUACAGUGCUACAGAGGGCUUCCCUAUUUACCUCCAAACUUUACUGCAUAAACGAUUAUGGAAGAGAUAUAAAGGAAAUCAAAGGCAGAGAAAACGAAGUUAACCGAAAGACUGUUGACAGCCCGGUUCCACUUCUUGUUUACGACAAUGGGGAGAACGUGGUAUUGGAUCAGUCGAGAGAUCCGGAGGGCUGGAAGCUGAUGGGAAAGAAAUCAAAUGAACUGGAUUUUGAAUUAGUGUGGCAUUCCUGUAAUCCUAAUUGUUCUUUUGCCUAUAAGCCACAGUCCAACGAAGUAACGAAGAUCAUCGUUGAGUACGCAUGCUAUCAAAUCAAACACGAGGCUAAAAAGUCCAGUAUUCAAAUCGCCGCCGAAGCACCAAAGCUUCUUCCGACACCGUUUGACGAGAAACAGAGUGAAAUGACAAGAAAACUGGUUCUAUGCCUGGACCCAGUCUCCGACAACAAUGGCGACUGGAAAGGUCUGGCGGAGAGAAUGGGACUAAAAUUUGACAAGAUCCGCUGGAUUGAAGAACAGAGUGGAAGUCCCACAGAACUGCUCCUAAACAUGUGGAGAGAUAAAGGGAAAACUAUAGAGGAUCUGAGAAACAUUCUUGUGGAAAUGAACAGGACAGACGCAGUUUCCGUAAUUAACAAAUGUAUGAGCAUCGACAAAAAGUGAUUUUAUGUUUGUUAUUCAGACCUUAGUGAUAUUGUGUAAUGCCAG